AGUACGGUGUUGUUGCGAUACGAAGUAGAUUCUCUCGUCGGUGUUUGCCCGUUUUCCUUCUUUUUCCUGCAUACGGACAAACAAACCAGAAGCGUUUGCUGUCGUGUUCGUUUUGUUUUUGAGUCAGCUUCGAAAUAGACAUCAACAAAUCGAAACAACACCUUAACUGGUUCUCAGUUUUGAAGAACUAGUUACAGGCGGUAACAAAACGGAAGCUUUUACGUCAAACAUGAUCACAAGAAAAAGAGGGCGUCUUGCUUCCAGUGACGUCGAAGCAAUGCACUCAAGUGCUCAUCGAAGUGAAGAUGAUCCAAAGAUCGAGCUUGUGACCACAGUUGAGCAAACUUUACCUGGUGGGAGUGAGACCAGUUUUCUGGAGCUUGACGACCUGUUAACUUCCGAUGAUUUUAGUUGGGAGCUUGACGACGAUGUAUUGUCUGCAUUCGACGACGUUGGAUUGCAGUGUUCAACUGACAAGUUCGGUGGAAAUCCGAGAGGUCAAGAUCUACAGGUUGACGUCUACUCAUCUCAGAAGACUACUUCGGCCCAGAGAGCCAAGUUUCAGAAGCCGUCUGGGCCUGUCAUCAAUAAGAAUGCCAUUGCUGCUAGAAUGAAUCGUCUGAGGAAGAAAGAAUACGUCAAUGGUUUAGAGCGGAAGGUUGGAGCGCUUGUUUCAGAAAACCGGGUUCUUAAGCAGGAGAAUGGCCAUCUAAACCAGAGAGUGGAAGAAUUGGAGAAUGAGACUAGGUACUUGAGAGCCGUAUUGGCCAACGAGAGCAUGUUAGCUCAACUGCUGUCUAGACUGAGUGGUGUGAACGGCAUGAAAUUUUCUACCUCGCUUUUCCAGGGGUCUGACAAGAACGACCACGAUUAUGCCAUGCCGAGAAAGAGGAUGAAGACGGAGGAGAAAGAUGCAGCUGGUGGUGUCUGCUUGCACGUGGACAAAGACCAUGUCUCGGUGGAAUUCUGCACUAAAUGUGCAGAAAGUGCGAGCACAUCGCUUAAAAUGUAGGGUCAAGUAUUUGUCUUUUCUUUUGAGAAAAAAAAGAGAAAUUCCUGAGACUGAACUAAAACAAGGGGACAUAAGCACAUUUGCUGGAGAGCAAAAAAUGUUCAAAUGUUUAUGAAUAUGUGCAGGUCCUGAAUGGCAUGUGUGUAUGUAAAAUCUUAAAACAAUGCCUUUGAAUUCAAGUUACUGCUAAACUUGUUGAUUAGUUUUCUUCUAGGUGGUUGUUCCGCCAUGCUGGGUGAAAGGGUUUCACAACAUCCAUGCCCACCUGACUCCAUGGUAAGGAUCCAGACACAGAAGACUGCUCAGAUGGUUCUCCUGAGAUGUUUUAGCUGCGCUUUUUGUUCAAUUUCAAAGCAUAUUAUGACGUUAAUCAUGAAUAGACACACAAAGUUAAAUGAAGAGAAAAAAAAAAUAUUUUCACACAUUUUGAUUUUUUUUUCCUUUUUCGUUUUGCUUAUACGUUGUCGACUGUAACUGUCUUAGAUGUAUUAGAGUAAAAUAUCGAGACAGCAGCCGUCUAGUUCACGCUGAAAACUGUAGGCUUUUGUUUAUAAAAAUGAUUGGUGACGUUUCACAAAGGGUUUGCUGUACCUUUCAGGUGCAUGAGCACAGUAAUUGGUUGAAAGGACGAAAUGGUCCAACCCCCCCCGAUUGGCCUCAUUUAAACGAUAACCCUUUGUGAAACGUCAUCUCUUUCUUGGAGAAUGUUUUUCAUUUGGCCCCUUAUUUUUCUUUAUGCCAAAGUGGAAUUGCUGUGGGGGAGGCAGAAGAAACGGGACCAGCAGCUUGCACCCUGGCCUGGUAUAUGUUAAAAGGUAGUACAAGAAAUGGUGUAAGUUCAAAGCUUUUCACUAGUAUUCCAUCCCACCCCACCCUUUUGGAAAUGGAAUAUGCUAAAUAUCUGCUGUUUGAGUGUAAGCUCAUGUCUGUUGUACAGAGAAAGGGAUAUUUCUUAUUCAGAGCCAAUAUUUUGACAGCGUCUUGGCACCUCUUGGUGAAUGUGAUGAUAAAAAAGAAAAGCACUUCAAAUGAAACUAAAUUCAGAUGGAAUGAAAUGAGCUUGUACGCACAAAUGCAACGAGGCUUCUUAUUUUCAGAGGUGAUCUUUUUCUUUCUAUUUCUUUUUCUUUGUAGUAUGAGUUCGUUGAGGUUUUGUAUUUUGUUGA